AUGUGGAGUUAUGUGUACCUUUCCAACUAUGGUGGAACCCCAACUGUCUUUGGUAUUGCUAGCAUCAUCAACACAUAUCAGAAAUUUUUGCGUACUUCUUCAGCUUCCGACUCAUCUCACAGAUGGGCAUGUAAAGGUGUUGUGUAUGGCUUAACAGGCAAUGUGGUUCGCUUCUUGUACAUUUCUUGGAUCAAGAACCCAUGGGGGUCUUACCAUUCGAAUUAUUCAAGGUAUUACUCAUGCUGCUGUGUGGGUGCUUGCUGCUCCUAUAUUGCACACAACACACCACCUCAUCUCCGAGCUUCUUCACAAGGAGUACUCCAGGGCAUCCAUCAUGGCUUUGGCAGAGGAUGUGGAGCUAUCAUUGGAGGAAUAUUUGUCAGUUACUUUGGCACUGCUGUUGUGUUCCGUUCAUAUGGUGUGGUGUCCUUGAUUGUCUUGGGACUUUUCAUCUUCAUCAACUUCUACCGCAAGGACAUAGGCUUCCAGCCCGAUCUACCUCCAGAGGAAGACCCAAGGCAGAUGGCAGAAGAAGGGACAGCCUUGCUCCCCAUGGUGUACCAGCCAAUCCGAUGCCAAGGGCAUUAAGUUCACAAAAGUUGAAUGAAGGAGCACCAGAUGCUGGUUAUGGGACUUACAAUGCUACCAAUGGAAUGCUUGACAUACCAGGCAUACAAUGAUUUGCUGAACGGAAGUAAUACUGGCAAAGGAGACACCAAGAUGUUCAAGGCUGCUCCUGCCAUAACCUCACCUCAC